AUGUUGCGCCGCCUUCUGCACGCGCCUCGCCCUCUCGCGCGCCUCUACUCGAAGCACCUCGGCGUGCUGCCCGAGGUCCCGCCCGAGUGCCUCCAGGCGCGGACGCCAACGCUGGACGUGCCGCCGAUGCUGCACUCGUUCACGGAGAUGUUCCGCAGCAU